GCCCGCAGGCCCGAUAUUCCCAGCCCGACUUUAAUCUCUAUAUUUAAACCUCUGCGUUUCCAAAUUACAGAAACACAAUCUCUGCCCGCAUCAUUCGUUUGCUUUGAGGUGAAACGCCAACAUUCUCCCGAGAAGAAAAACCCAUGGCGCUCAAAUUCCACUCUUUUUUCUCAAGAACUGAAGGAUCAUGCGCUGAAAAGAGCGAAAAUUCUGGUAGAAUUUCAAGAAUUUCCAAGGAUGAGGAUGAUGCUUUUGAGGAUGCGACGGCCGAAACGAGGCCUCUGUCCGCGGUGGCGGAUGCGUUUGAAGAGGUCUCUGCGGUGGUGAAGGAUAAGGGUCUCAAUUAUGAUCUUGAUUUGAAGACCUUUUGUGAUGCGUGCUCCCUCGUCUCGAUUCUCUUUGGUUGUUUAGGCAUGGCGUUCAAAUUCGCUGAAUUAGAGUAUGUUUCUAAGGUAAGUGGUCUUGCAGAAGCAUCAGAGAGCUACGGUACAUUAAAUAAUAUACUUGAUUUUGAUACACAAAAUGACACAGUGAGGACGCCAGGAAGUCUUUCACGUAAUUUACGCAGAGUUAGACAGGGUCUUGAUCUCAUCAGAGCUCUAUUUGAAAACUUUUUGUCAUCAGGUAAUGGCUGUUUGAAAGAUGCUGCAUCAACAGCUUAUGCAAAAACAUGUGCACCAUAUCACACGUGGGCAGUCAGAACUGCUGUUUAUGCUGGUAUGUAUGGUCUGCCAACGAGGGAUCAACUACUUUUGAAGCUAAAUGAAACCGAUGAGUCAGCUGAGAGAGAAAUGAUUAGAUACAUCAACGCCUCCAUUCUAGUCAUUCAGUAUAUUGAUAAGUUGUACACUUCAAGAAAUAUCAGCUUGGAUUGGUGAGCAUUACAUCUUCCUCAGAGUUGUUGAAUUCAUCCACUCUAUACCUGGAGAUACUUCCGGGGAUCCUGCUUAUUCCUUUGGAGCUUUCUAAUCAGAUUCGAGCUCUUGUUUCAAAUAACAGACUUGUUUGUAUGUGAUAUGUAUUCUUAACUAUUAGGUUUUAGUACAACGAUAAAUAUAUUAAAUUAGAGAUGAAUGAGGAUGCUUGUGCCAGGGUGGUCACCAAUCUUGCGAGCACUCCUAGCUGUAAUAGCAUUAUUUUCUGUUGACAGAAACUUAGGUGUUCAACACUAGUAUUUUUCUGUAUGUAUUUUCACUUGUAUGAUGAUCAUCUGGUGCAUGUAUAUAUUAAUGGCAUGCCAGGAGAACUCGAAAUUUGUACAACACAGGUUCUUUUAUAAUGAAUUUCACACGCAUCGAUCAGAGGCGAUGCUUGUUGACAAGCGUCAA